UUUCCAACAGAAAGGAAGAUAUAUAUAUAUAAUGAUUCUUUGUAGAAAGAGAGAGAGAGAUAUUCAACGAAAACAAAAAAUCUGUAGCUGCAAGAAACCACAAAACAUGUUUAGAUUCUUGCAAGUAGGGUUGGCUAAGCCAGUUCGUGGUUCGAACUCGAUGCAAACUGUGGUUCGCAGUUUAUCCUCCUUGGAGGGUGUGACGUCAUCACCGUACCUAUUGCUUCCUAUGGAGGUUGUGGAAGAUCAUGGUGUCGAUGGCAAAGUGGUAAACUUAAACUACUUCGACCCGAUGAAGAACGAGACGGUGAAGGUUCGUAAUCGGACGAUUCCUGAGAAGAUGUGCACACCGUCUAGCAGCUACAUCGGUUCGUCACGAGGCUGGGUAGCUAGUAUGAACACAGAAGAUAUGACCGUACAUGUUACAAAUAUGUUCAAUCCAACGGUGCCAAAGUCAUCGCAAAGAGUUAUCUCGCUACCUCCCUUUGACCCUAUUAUUCCCUAUGACUCUCUUCCAUUUAACCCUCGUUGUCCGAUCGGUUACGGCGCAUCUCUCUCCUCUUGUCCUGACCGAUCACAAGACUCCGACUCCGUCACGUUAGCCCUCAAGUGGAUGGACUCCAUCUCUUUCUGCAAUCUGGGCAAUGGAUCGAAAUGGAUUCACUUGCAAGAUUCUAUCCCUGGCCACUUCUGCGGCUCCCGUGUCUUUUUCUCCGACAGAGAUUCAACUUUUUAUCUCACUCCCAACGUUCCUUUUCUCCCUGUCCGCCACCCAUCUCCCCAGUUCCAUCAACUGGCUUAUUACCCGCAACCAACUUCUCUUUGUCGUCUCCCGGACAUCUCAGACACCGAGUACGAGCUUUUGAGACAGUGUGGCCCCUUCAACCAAAUGGUUCAGUCUCCCUCUGGCGACUUGUUACUAGUUAUUUGGUUUGUCCAGGCAACGGUUGGUGGGAACCCCAUAUCAUUCUGGGAACAGCACAAGAAGAAGGAGGGCCAUGUCACCAAGCGGUUCAUGGUAUUCAAAGUAGACUCGGACAAUGGUUGCAAGUCGUACACGGAAGACAUAGGAGAUCUCUGCAUUUUCUACGGUCAGAACGAGCUCUUUUGCGUCAAUGCCACCAAUUACCCUGGACUCGAACCGAACUCCAUAUACUUCGUCGAAUUCGGCGACACUGGUCGCAUUUACAUCUUCGAUCUCGCUACUCAGACUUUCACCGAGCUCGCCAAACUCGACAAUCUCACUGGCCCUCCUUAUUGGCUUGAUCCGACCUUUGUAUGAUUUUUUUAAUAAUCACCAUUGAUCAUUUCUAAUGCGCUUACUCAAAUAUUAUUGCCAAGAAUUUGAAUUUUACCUCAAAUUUGAUACUAAUGUUCAAAUAUCA